AAGGUGCACGAAAGAAUAUUUUUCUGCCCUUUGGCACGCUUUUCUGUGAGAUAAAAAAAAAUUGCAGAGAAAAGUGAUAAAAUGGGUGAGAAAAUAUACUACAGUGAAGCUGAAUUAGAGAGGAAAUUAAAGGAAAUCUUCCACCACAGUGGUUUUCGGUCAAAACUACAAAAAGAUGCCAUAAAGACAAUACUAAAAGGGAAAUCCGAUGUGUACAUCUCCAUGCCCACUGGAUCAGGGAAAUCGUUGUGCUUUCAGCUACCCGGGGUGCUACAGGAAAACAAGAUAACAUUGGUAUUUUCACCACUACUUGCCCUGAUAAAGGAUCAAAUGGAUCACCUGGCUAAACUCAGGAUCCGGGCAGAAUCGAUAAAUUCCAAAAUGACACAGAAGGAGAAGACUGAUGUGUUUGCGGAUCUCAAAUCCGUUAGACCCAGUAUAAAAUUCUUGUACAUUACGCCCGAGUUUGCAGCUACAUGGAUCUUCUCCGAGCUACUUUCUCACAUGAUUAGCUACAACAAAGUGGCGUACUUUGUUGUGGAUGAAGCCCACUGUGUAUCACAGUGGGGACAUGACUUCCGGAAGGACUACCUCAAGCUGGGUGAUUUAAGGAGUAAAUACCCAAAAAUACCCUGGGUGGCACUCACAGCAACGGCCCCCAAGGAAGUUGUGAAGGAUAUUUUGGAGAAUUUGCGCUUCAAGGAACCAAUUGCGAGAUUUACAACACCCUGUUUCCGGGAGAAUCUCUUCUACGAUGUGAUAUUCAAGAACUCCAUAAACAAUGACUUUAAGCAUCUCAAGGAGUUUAUAAUGCAGUGUAAAGGCUCAGGGGAUGAGGGCGUUCCAUGUGGAAUUAUUUAUUGUCGAACGCGUGAGCAAGUGGAGAGGGUGGCUAAGAAUCUGACAGAAAAUGGGCUUCGGACAUUUCCCUACCAUGCCGGGCUCAAACCAUCAGAAAGGAUAGCCGCCCAGGAGGAGUGGAUGUCCGGUAAAUAUCCAGUUAUUUGUGCCACAAUCUCCUUUGGGAUGGGAGUCGAUAAGUCUGCUGUGCGCUUUGUGGUUCACUGGGAUAUCCCUCAGAGUAUCGCCGGGUACUACCAGGAAUCCGGAAGAGCAGGGAGAGAUGGAAAAAAAUCUUACUGUCGUCUAUACUACUGUCGCAGCGAGGUGAGUUCCGUUGAAUUCCUCCUCAAACAGGACAUUGCCAAGUCAAAAACUGACGAGAAAGCCGAUAAGGCAAAGCAGAAUCUAAAGAAUUUUGAAAAAAUGAUCAAAUAUUGCGAAACUGUCGAAUGUCGGCACAAAUUCUUUGCUGAUUUCUUCGGAGAUUCACCACCAAACUGCGUCAAACGAUGCGAUGUGUGCAAGAAUCCGAAAGAGAGUGUAGCAGCUCUUGAGAAAUUUCAUGCUCUAUCCAGCACUGGUCGCCUCGGAGGGGCUAUCUCACUGGAUUACAAUAACUGCGGUGAUGAUCUCUACGAAGGAGGAAGGAAUGCAGUGAAAAUGAUCGAGUCUGAAUACACGGAAAGUGAUGCAUCUCCAUCCGAUCGGGAAGCAAGGGCGAAAAAGGAGAGAACAUCCCUCAUACAGAAGGAACUUGCAGCUAGGAGGCUCAAUGCAGCGAAAUUUCUGGAGAAAGAACUACCGCAGGCGCGGAUAUCGCGUGUAAAGCAUGCAAUGAGUACAGAAACAAAGAUUACUGGUCUCACAAUUACUCUCAGGGAGAGCUAUCUCAGCAUGAUUGCGGAUCUUCUCAAAAAGAACUACGAAUGUGGUGAGAAAGAUGAUUCGAUUCCCUCAACUCUUGUCUACAGGGACUUUGAGGAUAUUGGUGUGGAAUUGGAGUACAAAGCAUUCACAAACAAUAAAGUGAUAUCACUGUAUAGAAGAUCAGCGGCUAAGCUGAUGGCAGAUAUAAAGGCGGCAACGGCGAAAACUGAAUGCUACGAAUCAUUUAGGGACUAUAAGCCAAAGAAGAGAGAACCACGUGGAGGGGAAGCUGGGGAUAUCAUGAAAAAUACGCCGAAUGCAUCCUCGAAGACUCCAAUGGAGAAGAGAAAGCCACCGAGGCACCUCAAAAAGGACUACAUGAAGCAAACAUCCCUGAAGAGUUUCUUCGAUAGUCAGAAGAAGAUUAAAAAUGAGCAGGGUAUUGAGGUGGAGACCAUUGAAUCGGAGGAGGAGAAAGAGGAUAAUAUGGAUGUAGAGCCAAUUGAAUCGUCCGAUGAGGAGGACGGAGAAUCAGACAUUAAGGCAGAACCUAUUGAUUCUGAUGAGGAUGAGGUGUCGGAUGUUGAGGAAAAAUUACAACCACCACCCCUGAGUGAACUCCUUGCUCAAAUAAGUAAACCCCUGCCUGAUGUGCCAGAAGAAAAACCCUUGGACACCUUGGAGGUUCCCAUUGAAGUUAAGGAGAAAAUUGAACUACCUCUCGAACUUCGGGGAAUGUUUGAAAUUCCACAGAAGAGGCCUCCGGAGGAUGAUCCAGUUGAGGUGAAAGCAGAGAAGCGACACAAAUUCGACCUCCCAAUUGAAAUCUCACCUCAAACCCAAGAAUACCUCGAUCAGGUGGAGAAAGUUGAACGAAGGGUGAUGCCACCGCCAAAAGAGGAGAAACUUCCGCGAGAUAUGAAGCAGAUUAUGGAGCAAAAGAGUAAAUUGGCUGAGCUUGUAGUUGGGUACUUGAUGCCAUACUACCGCGAAAAGAGAUUUGAAUCGAAAGAAAUUUUCAAAAAGCUCGCAAAGCAUCUUUCACACAAGUUCUACGACACUCGUGCCGAUAAGACGAUGAUCAAGCGAACUGUGGAGGAUAUUUUUAGCAAGACGUCGUUUAUACGAAGUGAAAAAGACUUUAUGUAGCCGGUGAGUGUAUAUUUUUUGCACAAUUUAUUAUUUUUUGAAAUGAUUAAAUUGCCUUUAUUUUUGCGUUUAA